AUGCCGCCCCGCCAAGCCUUCCCGCGCACCGUCACCUUUCCCUGGAAUGUCCUGCACUCACCUUCCCAGGUCGAAUUCUGCAUCGAACUUUUCACAGUGACAGAAGUGAGAUUAAGAAUCUUCACAUCUUCGGCUCCCGCCUCGGAGGAGGAGAUGGACAAAUGCGAGCAGGUGCUGGCUGCUGAGCCGGAGGCAAAGGAGCCCUUCGUUCACCUGCCCGAGGGUGCCUUUCUGUUGGAUGAAUUUAAGCACAAGUACUCCAUUGAGGACACACUCUCCCUGGUGCUGCCAUACUUUUGGGAGCACUCUGAUAAGGACGGCUGGUCCCUGUGGUACUCCAGGUGCCACUUCCCUGAAGAGCUCACCCAGACCUUCGUAAGUUGCAACCUCAUCACUGGAAUGUUCCAGCAAUGGGACAAGCCGAGGAAGAAUGUCUUUGCUAGUGCCCUCCUCUUUGGAACCAACACUAGCAUCUCUAUGUCUGGAGUCUGGGUCUUCCGAGGCCAGGAUCUUGCCUUUCCGCUGAGUCCAGAUUGGCAGGUGGACUACGAGCCAUAUACAUGGAUCCUGGCAGCAAGGAGAUCCAUACUGCGAGGACUUUUGCUUGGGGAAUGGGAGCGGGUGCUUCCAGCAUGUGGGCAAAGCCUUCAAAACCAGGGCAAGAUCUUAAAGUGA